AGGAGCUGCGGCAGUCGGAGCGAUUUCAGCACGGCUUGGUACCGCCCUCGGUGGGGUGAGGACGCGGCCCGUGCACUCCGAAGGCUCCUCCCAGCUCCGGGCCCCGGGGCGGGUUCACGGCGCAGCCGGCGGGGCCGGGCAGGGCGGGGUGGCAGCGCAGCCCGGUGGCUCCCCGCGGCGCAGGCGGGGCCGGGGCCGGGGCCGCGAUGCUGCCGGCGCUGCCGGAUGGCGAUGAGCGGGAGCUGGAGAGCAGCGAGGAGGGCGGCGGCGCGGGCGAGGAGCGGCGGCCGGAGCGGCACGGCUGCACCUACCACGGCCUCUAUGGCUACCGCAGGUCCGCGCAGCCGGGAGCCGCCGCUGGGGAUGGCAGUGCCGGCGGCGCCGUGGCACACACACCCUCCACCGAGGACUUCAGCCUGUCCUUGCUGGACACCAACUUACCAGCCGAAGCCGAGACGGAGUUGCGCAGUUUCAUCGCUAAGCGCCUUACUAAAGGAGCGCUGUUUGAAGGAAUGGGGAAUGUAGCAUCAGUGGGGCUGAGCAUACCAGAAGGUAAAGUUGGGUGUUACUACUGUCGUUUCCAACAAGAAAGUCUUCUGGAAAUGGCAACGUUGGAAUCAGACAUCAAUGCUCCAGAAUAUGUGGUUUGUUUCUUAGGUGGCUCAGAGAAAGGUCUGGAACUUUUCAGACUUGAGCUGGACAAAUACAUUCAAAAUCUGAAGAUAAAUCUUGAUUUGGAGCAAAAAAACUUGGAGGCCUGUGUUAGCCCCUACCUGAGGAGCUGGUUUGAGGAUGCCAUCUGCCCUAUCCAGAGGGUUGUGCAGCUCUUCCAGGACAAACUUGCCUCUCUGCUACAUGCUGCUCUGAGUUACACUCCUGUAGAAGUCAAAAAUGCAGAUGAAAGAACAGAAAAGGACAUCAGCAGGUUCCUGGCAGCUGCCAGCCUCCAAGGACUUGUCCAGGAAGGCACAAUGACCUCCCUGUGCAUUGCCAUGACAGAGGAACAGCACAAGUCCAUGGUUAUAGACUGUAGUGGAUCUCAGCCCCAGCUGCAUAAUGCAGGAAGCAACAGAUUCUGUGAGGACUGGAUGCAAGCUUUUGUGAAUGGUGCUGAAGGUGGAAAUCCAUUUCUCUUCCGGCAGAUUUUGGAAAACUUUAAAUUGAAGGCUAUCCAGGACAUUAACAACCUGAAGAGGUUUAUCCGCCAGGCUGAAAUGAACCACUACGCCUUGUUCAAGUGCUACCUGUUCCUAAAGAACUGUGGCAGUGGAGACAUCCUGCUGAAGAUUGUGAAAGUAGAACAUGCAGAAAUGCCAGAGGCCAGGAACGUAGUGACUGUCCUGGAGGAAUUCAUGAGAGAAACAUCAGUGGCUUAAAAUUAUCUUAUGUAUAAAUCAUUAAUUUCUUCUGUGCAGUGCAGCUAUUGCUGGAUUUUUAAUUUAUAUUUAAAAGUAUUGCCCAAGUCAAAUCUUAGCUGCAGUUUCACCUGCCUUUUCUUGGUUUUAGACAAAGCACUAUGAGCUUUUUUAAUGUGUAAAUAUCAGAUAAUACAAACUCCUGCAGAGUUUUCAGAUUCUCCACCUGACUUGCUCCUGUUCUGAGGAAAUCAUGGCAUUUGAUUUUUAUAGUCAUUGCAAAACCAAACCCAAAUCCCUUACCUGGCAAGCAUGUCACUGUUCUAAAUAUUUUAAAUAUCUUUAAAAUAAUUUAGAUCUGGCUGCUUUGUUUUUAUAAAGAAGUACAAACAUCUAG